AUGCGCCCCGCCUCACGCGCGGCAGACGUGGCGUACUUCUCGGGCAGCGAGGUGCGGUGCCGCGACGGGUCGCGGUCAGUGGCGAUGCAGCGAGUGAACGACGACUUCUGUGACUGCGCUGACGGCACCGACGAGCCCGGCACGUCAGCGUGCGCCCUGUCGCGCUUCUACUGCGCCAACCGCGGCCACAUGCCGCUCACGCUCUUCUCCUCGCGAGUCAACGACGGCAUCUGCGGCUGCGUCACUGACUGCACCCACCGCCUCUCCCAUAUGUCUCUCCUCUCCCAUAUGCCUCGCCUCUCCCAUAUGUCUCGCCUCUCCAUAUGCCUCGCCUCUCCCAUAUGUCUCGCCUCUCCCAUAUGUCUCGCCUCUCCCAUAUGCCUCGCCUCUCCCAUAUGCCUCGCCUCUCCCAUAUGCCUCGCCUCUCCCAUGUGCCUCACCUCUCCCAUAUGCCUCGCCUCUCCCAUAUGCCUCGCCUCUCCCAUAUGCCUCGCCUCUCCCAUGUGCCUCGCCUCUCCCAUAUGCCUCGCCUCUCCCAUGUGCCUCGCCUCUCCCAUAUGCCUCGCCUCUCCCAUAUGCCUCGCCUCUCCCAUAUGCCUCGCCUCUCCCAUGUGCCUCGCCUCUCCCAUAUGUCUCGCCUCUCCAUAUGCCUCGCCUCUCCCAUAUGUCUCGCCUCUCCCAUAUGUCUCGCCUCUCCCAUAUGCCUCGCCUCUCCCAUAUGCCUCGCCUCUCCCAUGUGCCUCGCCUCUCCCAUAUGCCUCGCCUCUCCCAUAUGCCUCGCCUCUCCCAUAUGCCUCGCCUCUCCCAUAUGCCUCGCCUCUCCCAUAUGCCUCGCCUCUCCCAUAUGCCUCGCCUCACCCAUGUGUCUCGCCUCUCCCAUAUGCCUCGCCUCUCCCAUAUGCCUCGCCUCUCCCAUAUGCCUCGCCUCUCCCAUAUGUCUCGCCUCUCCCAUAUGCCUCGCCUCUCCCAUGUGCCUCGCCUCUCCCAUGUGCCUCGCCCCUCCCAUAUGCCUCGCCUCUCCCAUAUGCCUCGCCUCUCCCAUAUGCCUCGCCUCUCCCAUAUGCCUCGCCUCUCCCAUAUGCCUCGCCUCUCCCAUAUGCCUCGCCUCUCCCAUAUGCCUCGCCUCUCCCAUAUGCCUCGCCUCUCCCAUAUGCCUCGCCUCUCCCAUAUGCCUCGCCUCUCCCAUAUGCCUCGCCUCUCCCAUAUGCCUCGCCUCUCCCAUAUGCCUCGCCUCUCCCAUAUGCCUCGCCUCUCCCAUAUGCCUCGCCUCUCCCAUAUGCCUCGCCUCUCCCAUAUGCCUCGCCUCUCCCAUAUGCCUCGCAUCUCCCAUAUGCCUCGCCUCUCCCAUAUGCCUCGCCUCUCCCAUAUGCCUCGCCUCUCCCAUAUGCCUCGCCUCUCCCAUAUGCCUCGCCUCUCCCAUAUGCCUCGCCUCUCCCAUAUGCCUCGCCUCUCCCAUAUGCCUCACCUCUCCCAUAUGCCUCGCCUCUCCCAUAUGCCUCGCCUCUCCCAUAUGCCUCGCCUCUCCCAUAUGCCUCGCCUCUCCCAUAUGCCUCGCCUCUCCCAUAUGCCUCGCCUCUCCCAUAUGCCUCGCCUCUCCCAUAUGCCUCGCCUCUCCCAUAUGCCUCGCCUCUCCCAUAUGCCUCGCCUCUCCCAUAUGCCUCGCCUCUCCCAUAUGCCUCGCCUCUCCCAUAUGCCUCGCCUCUCCCAUAUGCCUCGCCUCUCCCAUAUGCCUCGCCUCUCCCAUAUGCCUCGCCUCUCCCAUAUGCCUCGCCUCUCCCAUAUGCCUCGCCUCUCCCAUAUGCCUCGCCUCUCCCAUAUGCCUCGCCUCUCCCAUAUGCCUCGCCUCUCCCAUAUGCCUUGCCUCUCCCAUAUGUCUCGCCUCUCCCAUCUGCCUCGCCUCUCCCAUGUGCCUCGCCUCUCCCAUGUGCCUCGCCUCUCCCAUAUGCCUCGCCUCUCCCAUAUGCCUCGCCUCUCCCAUAUGCCUCGCCUCUCCCAUAUGCCUCGCCUCUCCCAUAUGCCUCGCCUCUCCCAUAUGCCUCGCCUCUCCCAUAUGCCUCGCCUCUCCCAUAUGCCUCGCCUCUCCCAUAUGCCUCGCCUCUCCCAUAUGCCUCUCCUCUCCCAUGUGCCUCGCCUCUCCCAUAUGCCUCGCCUCUCCCAUAUGCCUCACCUCACACUCCACCAAUGCUGUGGCCUCGCCCCCUCAUCCCUCUCUCUCGCCCUCCGCCCUCCCUCCCUCCCCCGCGCCCAUCAGACUGCUGUGACGGGUCGGACGAGUACGCCAGCGGGGCGGGCUGCAACAACAUGUGUGUGCAGAUGGGCGCCGAGACGCGCAGCCAGCUGGCGGCUGACGUGGCGGCGGUGAGGGAGGGCGUGAAGCUGCGAGGCAAGGCGGUGGUGGGGCACGUGGCGCUAAGGGAGAAGUGGGAGCGCGAGGUCACGGAGCUGGAGGAGCGGCGCGCACAGCUGGUGGAGCAGGAGAAGGCGCUCAAAGGUGAAUGGCCGUUGCUCGACCACAGGUCACCCAUCACAUGCAUGCGUGCCCCGACCACCUCACCGUGCCCCGACCACCUCACCGUGCCCCGACCAGCUCACCGUGCCCCGACCACCUCACCGUGCCCCGACCACCUCACCGUGCCCCGACCACCUCACCGUGCCCCGACCACCUCACCGUGCCCCGACCACCUCACCGUGCCCCGACCACCUCACCGUGCCCGACCACCUCACCGUGCCCCGACCACCUCACCGUGCCCGACCACCUCACCGUGCUCCGACCACCUCACCGUGCCCCGACCACCUCACCGUGCCCGACCACCUCACCGUGCCCCGACCACCUCACUGUGCCCGCCUGACCACCUCACCGUGCUUGACCUCAUUCUACCUGCCUGCCCUCUUGUACACUCCUGCCCCACCUCUUUCUCCUCCCCAUCCCGCACCCCAACCCAACCCCCUGUCCGUUUGUCCUUCUGUGCGUAUCUCUUCCUGUCCGUUUGUCCUUCUGUGCGUAUCUCUUCCUGUCCGUUUGUCCUUCUGUGCGUAUCUCUUCCUGUCCGUUUGUCCUUCUGUGCGUAUCUCUUCCUGUCCGUUUGUCCUUCUGUGCGUAUCUCUUCCUGUCCGUUUGUCCUUCUGUGCGUAUCUCUUCCUGUCCGUUUGUCCUUCUGUGCGUAUCUCUUCCUGUCCGUUUGUCCUUCUGUGCGUAUCUCUUCCUGUCCGUUUGUCCUUCUGUGCGUAUCUCUUCCUGGCCUUUGGCUACGCAACGUGCCUGCCUCGCUGCAUCGCCUCCAUCUGCCGCCCAACCUGCCGCCCGCUUGCCCAUCCUGUUGCCGCCCACUCGCUGUCCUGCUGGCCGACUCGGCACCGCCACCAUGCCACUACCCCACCCACCGUGCGGGGCAUGGCAGCACACAUCCACUCGCUCGUUGCCUCGGCCUCCCUGCCGCCAUCGCUGCUCCUCCUCGCCCUGCUCGCCCUCCUCCUCUGCCACCGCCCCCUGCGUGCGCUGGUGCUCGCCCCCCCCUGCGCCUGCCUGCGCCUAGUGCAGCGCGCAAGGAGGAGUUGGAGCGGCAGGAGGGGAGGGAGAAGGCAUGGAGGGCGAGGUUGGAGAGGGAGCAGCGCGCCAGGGACGCCCUUGUGGCGCACACCCGCCCUGUGAGAACCGCUGCUGCUGCUGCUCACAGUGGUGGCGGCGAUGGUGACGGUGGGGAGAGUGCGGUUACUUGGGACGGGAAGGUGCCAGCAGAGGCAGAGGAGUCGUGGAACGGAGCCGAUGGGGCAGCUGGGGCAGUUGGUGGGGAUGGUGCGGACAGUGCUGUGAUGGGCACAGGAAGUGAGGAGAGAGGUGAAGGAGAGGAGGGUGCAGCAGGGGGCGAGGGGGAAGAAGGAAGUGAGGAUUUGUCUGGUCUGUCCAAGGAGGAGAUGGGGCGGCGGAUUGCGUCCCGAUGGACUGGGGGGGGGGAGGGAGGGCAGCAGCACGAGGAGCACAGUGGGCAUGCGGCAGAGCAAGGUGUGGAGGACGAGGGCUCGCCACCCCCUGAUUUGGGCUAUGGUGAUCCGGAUGCGGUGCAGAGCGGUGACCAUGAUCAUGAUCAUGACGACGACCAUGACUAUAGUGGCAAUGACGACGAUGAGUACAAGGAGGAUGCUAAUAACGAGGAUGAGGACUACAGCAAGGAUGAGGAGGAGGAUCGGGAUGGGGAUGCAGAGCAUGAGGGGGAGGAGGAGGCAGCGGAUCUGGAGCAAGAGAUGGGGGGAGGGGGAGGGGAGGCGGAUGAGGGCAAGGGAGGGGCAAGGGGGGAUGGAGGGGGAGUGGAGGAGGAUGAUGGGGAGGAGGGCGAGGUGAGCGUGGAGGAGUUAAAGCAGCUAGAGGAGUUCAACCGAGAUGACCCGCCAGCCGUGACACCUGUCAUUGUCUGGUUGGCUCGCACACUCCGCUGGCCCGUGGCGGUGUGUGCGCGCCUCUACUCCCUCGCCAUCCCCACACCACCGCUCACCCUCAAUGCCUCUCGGGUGGCGGCAGCGAGGGAGGAGCACAGGGAGGUGGAGGAGCAGCUGAGGAAGGCGAGGAGCCGGGCCAAGGUGCUCAAGGACAAGCUCAAGCGCGACUAUGGGCCGCACGGGGAGUUCUCCAACCUUGUCGAUCGCUGCUUCUCCUUCAACGCCAACCAGUACACAUAUGAGAUCUGCCCGUACAAGAAGGCGGUGCAGAAGGAAGGCCACUCCGAGACCACUCUUGGGCACUUCAAGCGGUUUGAGGAGGACCACACAGUGAUGGCGUUUGAGGAUGGCGAGCACUGCUGGAAUGGACCGGCAAGGAGCAUCAAGGUGCACUUCAAGUGCGGGGCGGACGUGGCGGUGCUGGCGGUGGACGAACCCAACCGCUGCGAGUAUUCGGCCGUCAUGACCACGCCAUCACUGUGCACGGAAGAAAAAGCCAAGGAGUUGGAGCAACAGCUGGAGGCCAUGCUAAAGGACGUCCAGCCCGCGCAUGAUGAGCUCUGA